AAAUCGCAUCACUAAUGGCUUACUUGGCGAGAAAUGAAGUAUUUGUGAGAGGCGACUUAAUGGAAAAUGAAGAUAACAGAUUGGUCAAGGGUACCAAGUCUAUUUUGGAAGAUAGUCAACUGUCAGCUAAAUUAUUCGGAGGGAGAGAGUCUCCAGCAGAAAAAUUGUUGCUACAAAGUUUUGAGAAGUACAAAUCUUACAACUAUAAAAGUGGAAGUGGUGAUGUUAAUGAAACUGCCUUGGAUUAUAGCAACCCUAAUAAACCAAGACUAGCGAUGGCCUACAUUGCAAACGUGGAUCCAAAUUAUAAUAUGCCCGGGAAUCUACAAUUUUUGGAUAUUGCUUCAGGUUCCGCAUACAAUUUAUAUGGUCACCAUGCUCCAGAUGCUAUUACAAAAGGAGAGCUUUGGACCACUGUAACUGAUGUAAAAUUUUCUCCUGACGGAAAAUUUAUCUUUUCUGCAUCUACUGAUGCGACCAUAAAGACUUGGUACAUGGAGGAUUCAAGGAAAUUUCAGAGACCAUAUAACGUAAAAGUUUGUCAAUCUGGUAUUAACAGACUGGCUGUUCGUAACGCCCCAAAAGAUGGGACGAUUUACCAGUUCGCAUCUUGUGAAGAAUCUGGCAUGAUUCAAUUGCACUCCAUAAGGAAGGAUUAUAACAAGUUUCAUUUGUUCUCGCAAGAUUUUAAGGAUGAAAAUCGUAAGAGAAGUGCAAAUGAC